UAUAAGUUAAAACAAAAAAGAAAAUAUAAACUAACAAUCAAGAAAGGGGAAAACUCAAAAAGGGAUUUGGAUUUGAAGCAAAAAAGUGGCCAUAGCCCAUGAGGUUUUGCUAACAAAAGCCAAUCAAAUAGUGAAGACCUGUCCCUGUACUUCUCAGAUUAAUCAAAAUAAGUUAGGUGUUAUUGAAUCUUGAUUCUAAUAAUGAAGCGAAGUUACUCAGAGUCUCCAUCUUCAAGUUCUCUUGGACCUCCUCAAUCCAAAUUUAAGCACAACCCUGAAGGCGACACUAAUUUUCUGGAAGAUGAGAGUACAAAAAUCUUUGCCAGGAAGGUGGCUGAUCAUUACAGCGCGAGGACCAACCAAACUCUUGAAGAGCGCGAAGCAAGUCCUAUUAUUCAUUUAAAGAAACUUAACAAUUGGAUCAAGAGUGUCUUGAUUCAACUCUAUGCCAAAAGAGGAGAUGCAGUUCUUGAUCUUGCUUGCGGGAAGGGUGGUGAUCUCAUUAAAUGGGAUAAAGCAAAUGUUGGAUAUUAUGUUGGUAUUGAUAUUGCCAAUGGUUCGAUAGAAGACUGCAGAACUCGUUACAAUGGUGAGGCAGAUCACCAUCAGCGCCGCAAAAAGUUCUCAUUUCCUGCCAGACUUUUCUGUGGAGAUUGUUAUGAGGUUCGAUUGGAUAGGGUUUUAGCAGGUGAUGCACCUUUUGAUGUUUGUAGCUGUCAGUUUGCUAUGCAUUAUUCGUGGUCUACUGAGGCACGUGCACGUCGUGCGCUGGCCAAUGUGUCAGCUUUACUCCGACCUGGAGGAAUAUUUAUUGGAACAAUGCCAGAUGCCAAUGUCAUUGUCAAGAAGUAUAGAGAAGCUGACGGGCUAGCCUUUGGUAAUAGUGUUUAUUGGAUAAAGUUUGAUGAAGAAUUUUCAGAGAAGAAAUUUAAAUCUUCAAAUCCUUUUGGAAUCAAAUACAAGUUCCAUCUGGAGGAUGCUGUUGACUGUCCCGAGUGGAUUGUUCCUUUCCAUGUCUUCAAGGCAAUGGCAGAAGAGUAUGACUUCGAGCUUGUUUUUGUGAAGAAUAACCACGUAUUUGUGGAAGAAUACAUGAAGAAACCAGAGUUCGUUGAGCUUAUGAGGAGGCUCGGUGCAUUAGGUGAUGGGAACCAAGACCAAAGUACUCUAUCACCAGAUGAAUGGGAGGUAGCCUACCUUUAUUUGGCAUUUGUUCUAAGGAAGCGAGGCCAACCAGAUCAAACACAAAGAAAACCUAGACGAGACAAAGGCAAGAUGCAUUUGACAAAAGACGAUAUCGAGAAUGUUAACGGUGCAGUAUAGUGCUUUGCUCCAACCUUUGAAACUGAAAAGCUGUUAUGACACAGAAGAGAGACAGUCAACAAAAUGUGCCCCAUUCAAGUUGAUAAAUAGCUGCUA